UUGGGCAAGCCAAGAGGCCUUCGGACAGCCAGAAAGCAUGUGAACCAUCGUCGUGAUGAGCAUUGAGGUGACAAAGACUACUAAAAAGUCCACUUAAGAACCAACUGGAAAGCUAAUUCGUUUGGAGGCGCGUCUCAUGCUAAGCGCAUUGCACUUGAAAAAGUUAGCAUUGAGGGUCAGCAGCCUAAUUCUGCUAUCCGCAAGUGUGUAGGGGUGCAGCUCAUCAAAAAUGGCAAGGAAAUUACCGCAUUUGUCCCACGUAACGGUAGCUUCUUGAACUACAUAGAAGAAAACGAUGAAGUCUUGGUUGUUGGUUUCGGUCGUAAAGGACACAACGUGGGUGAUAUUCUCGGUGUACGUUUCAAGGUGGUUAAAGUUGCGAAAGUUUCAUUGCUUGCUGCUUGCAUGUAUAAGGAGAAGAAGGAGUGCUCGAGGUCGUAA